GUUUUAUAAUUGCAUACAAACUAUAGUUUGCCUCAAAAUAGCAGUUAUUUAAUUGAGUUUUGAUUACAAGUUAUUAGACGUGAAAUAUUUGUCAAAACGAGUAUUGACUACACAAAUGUCGAGUGAAAGCAAAACCAAUCCAAUUGUCACCAAACCUAUGGACACUUCGAGCGGCGAAGAGGCGACCGAAACGCGUGUCGACGCGAAGACCGCCGACAAACCAAAGAUCCCGAAGAAAGCCAGAGAUUGGGAUAAAAUAGUGAGAGAUUUGGAGGCGGAGGACAAAGAGGAAGAGGACAGCGAUCCCAACCGUGUCUUUCAAAUGCUC